AUGGAGCACCCGAACAAUCUCAACAACAACAACAGCCAAGAUGAUGGAGGUGGCAUGCACAGAAAAAGAUCAGUUUCUGCUGAUUUGGAUGAACUCCCAAAACAACAGAAAACAUCUGGAUUUCCACCUAUUCAACUUGGUCAUGGACCUUAUGGUAUUAACAUCAAUCAACAAAGAUACUCAGACCAUCAGCUUGGACCAAAAUUAAAAGUUUCACAAAACAAUCUCACAAGAAAUAAUAAUUUGCUUCACGGUUCGGUUUAUCCGUCACAUGUGCGACAACAGGCACUUGGAUUAUCUCAGUUUUCAGGAUCAGGGUCUAACUUUGGUUUCAUAAAAAAUUCAGAAAAUCCAAGCAGUAAUAAUGGUGGUGAAUCCAGCAGACAAAGAGAAAAUUCUGAAGGUCCUAAGGGCAAAGGUUGCAAGAGGUGCAAUUGCAAAAAAACAAAAUGCUUGAAUUUAUACUGUUACUGUUAUUUAAGCAAACAAUAUUGUAGUGUAGAUUGUAAAUGCCAAGACUGUGAAAAUAUUGUUGACAAUGAACAUGGGGUAACUGCUGCCCAAAACGUGUUGUUGGCAAGCAAUCCAACCGCAUUUGGUCCUAAGAUCAUUGGAGAUGAACAUAGGAAAGGAUGCACUUGCAAGAACUCCAGUUGCGAGAAAGGAUAUUGUGAUUGCAAGGCGAACAAUGUCAAAUGUACCGUUAAGUGCAGGUGCAUAAACUGCAAGAAUCCUUGUGGUGCCAGAGAUUAUGGAGAAAUUGCAGUACCUGGAGAAACGAACAUUCAAGCAGAACAGGAUAAUAUGACAGCAACUUUGCCGGUGGGACUGCACCCGCUGCCUCAACAACAGCCGGCACCAAACUACAGCUAUGGAAGUAUGGGAAAUAGUGAGAAUCAAUUGCGUCAUGCUUCUCUGCCUGCAAGGUGGGAAACAUUUCUAGCAUCUCAGCGUCAGCACUUUCCCUCAAAUUCACAUCAUCCUUCUGUCAACAAUAGAGUAGAUUCUGCCAGAAUGAUGCAAGGUUCACAGGGAUUCUCAAACAUAAAUGCUCCCUCAAAACAACAACAACAGCAGCAGCAGCAGCAGCAGCAGCAGCAGCAGCAGCAGUAAUACAGGGUGGUCUCCAUGUCAAAUUCUCAGUCACUAACCGAACUGAGACUGGAUGAUUCCUCAUCACCUCAACAAUCUGACAAUGUUUCAAUUUCUUAGUGAAGACCAGGAAAAACAGAAUGAAUGAAGUUUAGUUAUUAUUGUUAUUAGUAUUAUCAUUAU